CCUCAAGUCCCCACAAAAGUCCUCUUCCGUUGCCUUUUUCUUCUCGCUUUUUCUUUUUUUCCGUACACUUGGCCCUCUCGUCCUCGCGAUCAAACCCUAGGUCCCGCCAUUGUUCUCGAGGUCCCCCAGACCUACAAAAUCGGCGCUCUGUUUCGCUACUGUAACUUCUUUCUCUCACUCUCUUCUUCACUCUUACUCUAAUUUCAGGUGUUUGUUGCUGUGGAGGUUUGUGAUAGAGAUACUAUGGAUUCUCCGGCUGCUGCUGCACCUGUUAUUGAUUCACUUGCUGUUGGGAAAGCGUUUGUCAGUCAGUACUACCACAUUUUGUAUAACAUGCCUGAGCAUCUUCACCGUUUCUAUCAAGAGAUUAGUAAGGUUGGGCGUGUUGGACAGGAUGGAGUUAUGCGCGAUUUCUCUACCUUGGAGGGUAUAAGUGAGGAGCUUAAGUCACUGACUUGUGGAAAUUUCAGUUCGGCUGAGAUUACCAGUUAUGAUACCCAAGAGUCUCACAGUGGGGGUUUCCUCCUUGUUGUUACUGGAUACUUCACUCAAUACGAGACAUUGAGGAGGAAAUUCACACAGACUUUCUUCCUUGCUCCGCAAGAAAAUGGGUUCUUUGUUCUGAAUGACAUGUUCAGAUUUGUCAAUGACGAUGCUAAGAAUAAUGUUCCAGAGGCCAUAGAUGGGCAAGUUGUUUCUGGGAAGGACUCUACAAGACCCAGUCUUAUUAAUGGCAAUAAGGGCUCUGAGCAAGCUUCAUGUGUUUCAGCGAAUACGGAAGUGUCUAAACCUUUGUAUAGUGAGAAUGCUAAGGAUAAUGUUCCAGAACCUCCUGAGAUUGUCAAUGAAGACGUUCCAGAGAUUGAGAAAACUUGCAAAAAAGUUGCAAAGGAGUCACUGAAAUGUUAUGACCCAGAUGAUGGACUCGAAAAUGUUCCCAAGAAAUCGUAUGCCUCUGUGUUGAAGGUAACGAAGACUAGAUCUGGAGUUUCAGCUGUCUCUUCAUGGUCUCCGAAGCAGAUACAGAAAGACCAAGAACAUCAAGCGCUUUCAGAUCCUUCUACAGGCCAGAUACUCAACGACCAAGGACAACAAGCAUUUUUAGAUCCUUCUCAAGUGAUAGAAUCUGAUUCAGUUUCUGAGUUUGUUGAUGCUGCUGACGAUGGGCACAAUCAGGAAGUGGUAGCUGAGGGUACAUCUAUUUAUGUGAGACAUCUUCCUGCAAAUGCAACCAUCGACAUGCUUGAGACUGAAUUCAAGCAAUUUGGAGCUAUUAUCAAUGGUGGGAUUCAAGUUAUAAGCCAAAGGGGACUUGGUUAUCCUUAUGGUUUUGUUGAGUUUGAGGAGGCAGAUGCUGCCCAGAGAGCAAUAGAGGCUUCACCUGUGAGAAUUGGUGGACAGAGAGCUUUUGUGGAGGAGAAGCUAUCAACAUCAAGAGGUCACAGAGGAAGUGGAUACGGAAACAGAAACGUGGCAGUGAGAGGAAGAGGAGGUUAUGGAUAUGGCUACGAUUACAGGAGGGGAGGUGGAGGAGGAGGAAGGUCUUUUAACCGUAGAGGCAAUGAGUACGUCGCCAGCAUCAACUCAUACUAAACCGGAUUGGGUUCUUUUGUGGUAAACCGGAUAUAAAUGAUUCUUGGAACGGUAGUAAAAGGACAGACUUGGUAUGAUAUGUAAAAAAGAUGAAUGAUAUGUUGUCUCUCGGGUAUUAUAAUUAGAAGAAAAGAAAAAUAUUUGUCGGGGUAUGAACUUAGAAGAAAAGAAAAAUAUUUGUCGGGGUAUGAACUAUGAAGGGGGAAGGCUUAUUUUGUAAGACGUUUUAAAUGCGACUACCUACUAAUAUCAUGUGAAUGUUCUAGAUUUUAAUA